ACGACUUGCAAACUAAACUGGUGGAACUGGUAGUCGUGGUAUGAACACACGCAAUAACAAGCAGCAAAGCGAAGACAAAAACAAUAACAACAACAACAAGCACAAUCAAACACUUGUCGAUACCAACCACCUGUAGAGGGUUAUGCGACUGCGCACAGACACUUACCAUAGACAACCAACUCGACCACAACAAAAGCGAAGACGGACAGACACACAGACAAGACAGCAAUAGCAAGCAAGUCAAACAGCCAGCCAGCCAAACAGUUUGGAAGGAACUUUUGCCCGUGUUUGUGGCUACAAGUCUUGGUUUUGGUAACAUAACGAAUCAGUGCAACGGCGGCUCUUGAACGGUAUUGUUUGGUUAAACGGUAUGUUUUCCACACGCUAACGGAACGCAUUGAAAGCAAAAAAAAAACUACCGUAGAGGAGAUCAACAAAAUUCAAAUUUUAAAUAAAUUCCCUACUCUUUUUAUUUUUGCUGGGGUAGAGGAAAUACAAAACGAAGUGAAAAAAUUUGUAAUUUUUGUAUUUUAAGAAAAACAGAAAAUAAACCUCAGAAAUCAAGUGUUUUUUAAUAAAGCGAAAUUAAACAAAAAAAUAUCUCCCUGCUCCCCCCGAAAAAUAUCAAUAAAAAGGAGAGCAAACGAAACGAAAGAAGAAAAAAAAAGAGUUGUAACUGGGGAAGAAGUAGAAGAAGAAAAAAAAUUGUUGUUCACAUAAAAUUGCAACAAAAUUUGCAAUCAAACGACGACGUCAAUAUAAACCAGAUUGAAACCCUAAAUAAACGUUGCAAAGAGUAAACGCGCGGUUUUUUUGGCCGUCCUAACCGCACUACCAACCGACCAACAAAAAAUAGUUUUCUCUGUGUUUGUAUUACUUUGUGAAAAACCGGCCGACGGAUAGAAAAAAUAAAAACGGAUAUCACUGCGAGAGAGUCAACCACGUUGUUGGUCGUUGUCGCGCCCGGUCUUUUGUUUUUGUGACUUGGCUCCUGUUGCUGCCAGCCUGCCUGCUAUUCAAUAAAUUAUAGACAUAAAAAGCACCAAAAUGCUUCCGCUUCCUAGAGGAGCGGUAUUGCCACUCCUCUUCCUACUAUGUGCAAUACUCUAUAUAAAUGGCGUCCAAUCCGAUGGAAGAGUUGUCUGCUACUACACCAACUGGAGCGUCUAUCGUCCCGGCACUGCGAAAUUUAAUCCACAAAAUAUUAAUCCAUACUUGUGUACGCAUUUGAUUUACGCAUUUGGAGGAUUUACGAAGGACAAUCAAAUGAAACCGUUUGAUAAAUAUCAGGACAUUGAACAAGGCGGUUAUGCCAAAUUCACUGGCCUAAAAACAUACAAUAAGCAAUUGAAAACUAUGAUUGCCAUUGGCGGCUGGAACGAAGCAUCCACCCGCUUCUCGCCCCUUGUUGCCAGUGCCGAACGUAGACAAAAGUUCAUUAAGAAUAUUCUAAAGUUUUUGCGACAAAAUCAUUUCGAUGGCAUCGAUUUGGACUGGGAAUAUCCGGCUCAUCGUACCGGCGGUCGCCCUCAGGACAGAGAGAACUAUGCCCAGUUUGUGCAGGAGUUAAGAGCGGAAUUCGAACGUGAAGCCGAGAAGACCGGACGUCCACGUUUGCUGUUGACAAUGGCGGUGCCGGCGGGCAUUGAAUACAUCGAAAAGGGCUAUGAUAUACCCAAGCUGAACAAGUAUUUGGAUUGGUUCAAUUUGUUGACAUAUGAUUUUCAUGCUUCCACCGAGCCAUCGGUUAAUCAUCACGCUCCCUUGUAUUCAUUGGAAGAGGAAUCUGAAUAUAAUUAUGAUGCUGAAUUGAAUAUUGACUAUUCUGUGAAAUUCUAUUUAAAUGCUGGUGCUGACCGUGACAAGCUGGUCUUGGGCAUACCCACCUAUGGCCGUUCAUUUACUCUGAUCAAUGAAGAGAGUACUGAGAUAGGUGCUCCCUCUGAGGGCCCCGGGGAACAGGGUGAUGCCACAAGAGAAAAAGGUUAUUUGGCUUACUAUGAGAUCUGUCAAAACCUCAAGGAAGACCCUGAAUGGACUGUGGUCCAACCAAAUCCCAAUGCUGUUGGCCCCUAUGCCUAUCGCCGCAACCAAUGGGUGGGCUAUGAUGAUGAAGCCAUUGUCCGCAAGAAGUCUCAAUAUGUCGUCGAUAAUGGUCUGGGUGGUAUUAUGUUCUGGGCCAUUGAUAACGACGAUUUCCGUGGCACCUGUACCGGUAAGGCGUAUCCUUUGAUUGAGGCGGCCAAGGAGGCGAUGUUGGAUGCUUUAGGAUUUGGCAUUAAUGAAGUCUCCAAACCAAGUGCACCCCAGAAACCAUCGAGGGCUAGAAGUCGUGAAAAUACUUCUUCGUCUCGUAAUAAUAUUGAGGCUACCGAACAUAAGCUGACCUAUGCCGAACGUAAGGCUGCAGGAAAACGUACUGGUGGCGCCCAAGCAACUCGUCAACGUGUACAACAAUCAACAACAACCACUACGACAACUAUUGCCCCCAAGACCGUUCGAUUGACAGAAGCUGAAGGAUCUUCGCUGUAUAUUGGAGGAAGGACCACAACACCACCACCACCCACUACACCUGAUCCAGGAACUGAUUUCAAAUGUGAAGAAGAAGGUUUCUUCCAACAUCCCCGUGAUUGCAAGAAAUAUUAUUGGUGUUUGGACAGUGGUCCAUCUGGUUUGGGUAUUGUGGCCCAUCAAUUCACCUGUCCCUCGGGCCUGUAUUUCAAUCCUGCAGCUGAUUCUUGUGAUUUUGCCCGUAAUGUGCCUUGCAAGACGAAAAAAUCUACCACAGCCGCUCCUGUCACGGCAGCCCCAACCACCAGGACAACAACGACCACUCCCAGACCCAGUCGUGUUACCGCUUCCCUCAAUCGUAAUUCCCUCUUCAGAACCUCAAGUACCACCACCACGACUACCACCACAACCACUGAAGCCCCUGAAUAUCAAGAAUACGAAGAAGAUGAAGAUGAUAACCUACACUUGAACUCCGGCAAACAUGGUGUCGACAAGGAUGCCGAAGAAGAUCCAAAAGUUAUCAAGGAACUCAUCGAACUGAUACGCAAGUUGGGCGGUGUGGAAGAAUUGGAGAAACAUUUGUUACGCAAAGACGAUGGCACCAUUUCGAUUAAAUCGAGCAGCAGCAGCAGUAGUUCUUCGUCUGCACCCACCACGCCAUCGAGCAUUAGCAAAUCACUGUACGACAAAGUGUUGAGCAAACCCAAUGCCCUCAACUCCAUACGCAAUAGUUUGAGAGCCACCAGCAGUAGUUCGUUCCGCACCAAAACCCAAACUAAAACCGUCAGCAAUGUCGAAAGCGAUGAAGAUGAAUUGGUGUCGGAAGAGUCGGAUGCCAGAAAUGCCGGCAGCUCUACCUCGGCAUACAACAAAUAUUCCUCCGUGGUAAGAGGUGGCAAUAGCCGCCAGGGUCCACAAAAUGAGGGCAUCGAUAAAUUGGCCGAAACCGAGGGUUUUCUUAAGGAAAAGAAACAAUACAUUACCAUAACUCGUAAUCGUGGUAGUCAAAAAUCGUCUCGAUCAGAAACAGAAGCUGAAGGCGAAGAGGAUGUGGAAUCCGAAUCGGAAGUGGUUGGUAAGGCUGAAGAGGAUGAAUUGAAAACAACGAAAAAAUCUUCAAGCGGCACAACAUUGACUUAUUCGACAAUACGUCGCAGCAGACCCACAACCCAGGCCAGCACCGAUGUUGAUGAAGAUGAGGAAGUCGUUGAGAAGGAUGUCACGGAAAAGAAACAAUACAGUUCAUUGAAUCGCAAUCGUUCAAGAGUAAGCAGCACCACUACAACGGAACCGGAAACCAGUGAGAUUACCUCAGGAUCCACAAGGUAUAAGUAUUUGGAACGUUCUAGACCAGCCAAGACCACUACCGAAGCUUCUCGUGAUGAUGAUGCCGAUGAUGACGAAGAGGACAAUUUGGAUCAUGAAAAUACGGUACAAGUAAAGACUGAUAAUAAAUCCAGCACACAAGAUAGUUCUACAACAACAACAACUACCACAACAACAACCACCUCCACGAACAACAGUAAUACACAGAAGACCUAUGCCACCAUAGGUCGUAGAACAACAACUACAACCUCACCUGAAACUGAAACAACAGCUACAGAAACAUCAACAACAACAGCUGCCAGUGAAGCAGAUUUGAGCACCACAACAACAGCAACAACAGAGACUCCAAUAACAACAACCACCACUACCAGUCCACAAUCUAUUUUAGAAACUACUACACCUACUGAAACUAUUGUAACAUCCCAUACUGCCACAACCACCACACCCUCAGACACUCCCAUAGCCCAUAGCACCACACCCACAACCAAUACUAACCCUGAAAUUACAACCAAUGAGACACCCUUGACCUCGACGACGACAACGAUAGCGGACGUGACGACAUCUCAUAUCAAUGACAUUUCGGACAUGGACCCUGAAACCGUUGACCUUUCCCUUAAAAUCAAUUCCCUUAUGACUGAAUCCUCCUCCUCUGUUUCCCUAAAUCCUGUAACCACCACGGAGUCUGGCCAAGAUAGUGGUCGUUUGACAACAACAUCGACAACGACGACCAACAGCAAAAAACAAGACGAGGCCGAUGUUAACGAUGAGGUAAAUGUAGUUAUUAAGGAACGUCAAAAGACUGUGUAUAGAACACGAACAAGAAUCACAACAACAACAACAGAGCCCACAACAACCACCACCACCAACACACCCACACAAAGACCAAUAAACACUCGUACUCGUACAACCAAAACAGCAAUAACAACAACAGAAACCCCUGAAGUUGAUACCGCUAGUUCUAGGAGACCUCUGCGAACUAGACAACAGAUUUUACUCAAUCGUUCUUCACAGACAAAAACAACAACAACAACCACAGAAGUGACUCCCACUACCGAAACUGUAAAUAGUGAAUUCCUGGGUACUGUAUCUAGUCCAAGACCAUUUGGUUUUCCCAAAAAACGUACUAGACCGACAGCCACCACAACGACCACAACUACCACAGAGGCACAACCGGCCUCGGUAGAAACCAAAACAAGUGUAGGAAAAUCGACAAAACUUAAAGCGGCCGUGGUCAAUACCCAAAUCAAAAAGGUGAGUUCGAAUUCCAUACUCUCUGAAAUUGUUACCACCAACGAAACGCAAGCAGCUUCCUCUCUCACGGACACCGCCGGCGAGAGUGAGGCGGUCUUGAGCACUAAGCACAACUCUAGUUUUAAUAAUAAUGAUAAUAAAAAUCACGACUCACACGAACACGAACAACAAGAACAUGAGGGACAAGGACACCAAGUAGUUGCCGGUUUAGAGGGUAGUACUGAUGUUAACCUAGAAUUAAGGCAUGAAAAUACACAAGAAUCUAAUCUUAAUGUUAUACCCAAUCCAACAACAACCCCUGCCCCUGCCCCCGCCCCUGAAAAUGAAAAAACUGAAAUUCCCCUUGUAAAUGUAGUUAACGAAAGUGAGGUUAAGAGCGAACAAACAAAUACAGGUAAUGAAAGUGUUAGGAAAGCCGAAGAAACGUCCUCCCAAAAUGUUGGUGAAAUUUCUGCACAACGAGGCCAAGUCAAUGCCGUCGAAGAUAAUCAAGGUGCCUUGGAAUAUCAAAAGAAAUAUGUUAAUCUGAGCCGUUCUCACAGCAAAAAUGAAGAAAAGGGUGAAAAGCAAGAAGAGCUUACGUUGGGCGCCACCACGUCGUCAAUGGAAACUGAGAGCAAAAAUCAUUCGAAGACACAAACUGACACUCAAACUGAAUCCAUUGUAAGCCUUAGCCACACCAAAGAAGAAGAGGAGAGUGUAAAGAAAGAAGAGGCCACGUUGGGCGCCACCACGUCAUCAACUGAAAUAGCAACUCAAACUGAGAGCGGAAGUCAUUCAGAGGCAAGCAGUGGCACUCAAACGGAAUCACUUGAACAGUCUCAGGUUAAUUCCAGCGCUGUCGUUUCUGCGAAGAAAUCAUCCACAGAUGAAACUCAAACUGAGACCGUUAAGAGCGUGGAGGCAAAUUCUGCCACCUUAAGCUCCACGGAUAAAUCGUCAGCAGAUGAAAGCCAUACUGACAGGACUAGUUCCUUGGAGAAAUCCUCAAUGGGCAACACCGAAAGUGAAACCGCAAACUCAAAAUCCUCCCAGAAAUCGGUAACUGAAGAAAGCCAAACUGAAACUCACUCUGAAGAAUUGGGCAGCUCAGAAUCAAGUCGUGAAAAUUCCGGAAAGGCCAUCAAGUCGUACACCACCAUAAAACGUACCCAUCAAACCGCAGGAAAUGAUGCUGCUACGAAUGAUAAUGGUUUCUUCAAGACGAUAACCACCACUACUACCACCGUUACCACCACUGAAGAGUCAGACAAUGGAAAUGGUCUGGGAAGCAAUGGCAAAUCGUAUACCACCAUACAACGUGGAAAGGUCAGAGGUUCCGCACAAAAUGUUGAGGAUGAAAAUAGUGGAUCGAAAUUCUAUAGUAGCACAAAACGUGUCCAAACCACCACCACCGGAAAAUCAGAAGGUAAUAUCUUUGAAAGUCAUGAAACUGGCGCCCAAGGUGAAGUCAAUGAAAAGAAAUCCUACACAACCAUAACCAGGGGUUCGAAUCGCGCUUCAGGAAGCAAUGAGGAUAAGGAGGUACAGAGCGGAUCAAAAUCUUACAGUACCCUAAAACGCACCCAAAGCACAACCACAUCCUCCAAGGGAUCUGAAGAGAACCAAAACUCUACAGAAACCGAUGGACAUGCCGCCCACCAGAUUUCCGAAAAGAAGACCUACACAACUCUAACUCGAGGUUCUAGCCGCCAGGGAGAUAACAAGGCCAGCAAUGAGGCCGAAGAUUCGAAUGACGGAACCAAAUCCUAUAAUACCAUAAAACGUGUACAAACCACUACCACAACGCUUGAAGGAUCCGGAGACCUUGAUGACUCCUCGCUUGAGGCCCAUGGGAAGAAAACUUAUACCACAAUUACCCGUAAUCGUGGUUCUGCAACACAUGCCGAGGAAGAAAACGAAGAGCAUAAGGUAUCAAGUGGAACUCGCACACGCUACUCGAGCACUACCGAAAAUAUACCCUACAAGGCCAUUGUGCGGAAUAGCAGUGGCAUUCAUCUUACCGAAGAGGAAUUGUCAGCCUUUACCAAAAACAAUGGCAAAAAUACCACAACAAUUACAACAACAACGGUUGUGGAAGAGGCAGCUGAGAAGCCUUACCGGGUUAUAUCUCGAGGUGGACAGAUCUAUGAGAAUGCAAGCACAGAAGGACAAGAGGAAACAACGGAAACUGAAACCAAGUCCUAUAAGGAGAUUUCCAGAGGUGGCCAAAUUUAUCAGGCUGGAAAGCAGCAGGAUGGCGAAGAGAGUCAGACUUUCCAUAGCGAAGUGAAGACCACCACCUUUACGAGCCAGGCGGGCAAUAAACCCUACAAAGCCAUAUCAAGAGGAGGACAAACUAAAGUCGAGAAAUCCGAAGAAGUCGUUGGAGGUACAGAAGAAACGACUACCACCAAAACCGAAGAAUCCACAACCACCACCGAGGAAGCAAUUUCCAGCACAACUGUUCAACCUUUAGAUGUGGAAACCACCCGUCGUAUUUUGUUUAAGACUCGAGUUUCAACCACAGCAGCUCCGGAGACUGAAAGCAAAUCGGAAGAAGAGAAGGUUGAGAAAUCCAACAAGAAAACAACUUUCACCUCAAGGACCACAACGGAGAACCUCACCGAAGACAAGCCCAGAAAACGUGUAGUUGUCAAGCGCAUCAAGACUCAAACGGAUAACAAUGAUGCUCAACAAGGCACCACCAAAACCGUAGAUGUCACCGAAAAGGAAGUCACUGAAACCUCGUCGACAGCUACCAUUUCCCGUGGUACCUAUCGUCCCACAGAAAAAGGUGAUCUCUCCUCCCUGCUGGCCUUAGAUUUGGCCAAGAAGCAAGCCAAACAACAACAACAGCAAUUUGGUAAUGGCCAACACCGUAAAUUUGUGAAAAGUGGCACCCAAGCAAUCGAAGAAAAUGAGGGCGAAGAAGAGGUUACCACGCACACGGAAAUUGUCAAUGGCAAACGUCGUACAAUUAUCACCAAAAAGAAAAUCAAAACAAUUGUGAUCACCGAAGAUCUGGAACAAGAAGAAAAAGAGGCAGAACAAGAAAAUAGUUCGAAGAAUUUGAAAUUGAAGGGUGAAACGGGAUCUCUGGAAGAAAGUCGCGAAGAGACAAGCCGGGAAAAGAUAAUAAAUCGUGGUAAAUAUCGACCUGUGGAAAAGGGAGACUUAUCCUCGCUACUGGCUUUGGAUUUGGCCAAGCAACAGGGUAAAACCCAAACGCAGCUGCAGUUUGGUAAUGGCAAGCGACGCAGACCCGUUACCAAAACCAUUACCGAGGAAACGGUGGUGGAGGAAGAAAAUGGCAAAAGACGCAGGCCAGUAAGCAAGGUUACCACAACCACUGAGGAGGAGAAGGAGGAAAUUAAUGGAAGAACACGGGGAGCUGUCAGCAAAUCAUUGGUGGAAAGUUCCAGUGAGGAAGUGCAAGGAAAACGACGAGGAUCAUUUACAAAAACCUCUUCCCAGGAAGACAGUGGUAAGGUACGCAAACCAUUUACCAAGACUAGCGCUGAUGUUUCAACGGAUGAGGAAGAUGGCAAGAAGAAGGCUCUUGGUUCGACCAGCACAACUUCGACCACUGAAGACAUUACCGAAGAAGGCAAACGCAAGACAACCACAACGACCACCGAGGAAUCGGAAGCCUUGGAGGGUGAAGGUAAAAUUCGCAUGACAAUCACCACCACUACCAUUGAGGAAAUUGUGGAGGAUGAAGAUGCCAAAAAGUCGGCAAGCCAAAACGCAACACAAAUUGAAGAGGGUGAAGGACAAAAGAAAUUAAGCGGAUCUAUUACCAAACUUAUUACCAAGGAAGAGGAAACACAAGUCAAGUCCCGGAACAGUGUUGUUACAAGCAGCACCGAACAGAGCGAAGAAGAAAUUGCAAAGAGCAAGUCUAGACUUGCCCAGUCUGGUAGCGAAGAAGACGAUGGCCCAGCUGGCAAGGGCAGAACGCGAACAACUACAACCGCAACCACCACUGUUGAGGAAACAAGUGCCCAAGGUAAUGGCAAAUUCCGCAAACCUGUAGGCAAAAUUUCCUCCCAACAAAGCGAGGCAACUGAAAGUCAAAGCAAUGUGCGUAGGUUUGGAUCCUCCCAGACAAGUGGAAGCAGUGAGGGCUCCAAUGGCCGUAGAAAAGUUCUGGUGCGCAAACGAAUUCAAAAAGUCCAAAAUCAAGGCAACGAAAGUUUGACGAAGUCUCAGGGCUCGGAAACAAUUCUGGAACAAGGUCAACAAAAUGCCACUCAAAUUUCCGCCACGGAAGGUUCGGAUUUAUCAAUCACUAAUGGUUCCGAGAAUGCUACAGUUGCAAGCGAUGAAUCUUUGGAGGCUGGCAGCCAGAAGACCACAAAGACCACUACUACAACCACCACAACCACUGUCAACACCAAGAAAUUUGGGGCUAAUGGCCAAGGAGAUUCCGAAAAUGAAGAUAAAAGACAAGCCAAUCGUCUGCUGUUUAGAAAUCGCAAGACUCAAACGGCUAGCAGCUCCUCAGCUUCUACCACAAAGGAAGAGGAAGUAGUGGAUAGUGGAAAGGUUCAAGCCAAUAGCCAAACCCGCAAGUUCGGCUUUGCCAAUAAUCGUAAAUUCGGCAGUCAACGGACCUCCCAAUCUGAAGAGUCCAAGACGGAUCAGGAAGCAAAUGAAACUGAAAAAUUGGAAAAUGAAAGUUCAGCCAAAACCACAACCUCCACCCGGACCAUAGAUAGAUCCAAAUCUAAGUUCCGCACCUCUCAACAGACUACGGAAACUCGAAAAUCCAGCACUGUUCAGCGACGCGGCAAACCUUCACGCACCAGCCUUUUGGACAGUGGCAAAACCGAGGAAGUUGAUAUUUUGGAGGAUGGCUCGAAACGCAUUAAGACCAUUACCAUUGAGACAAUUCCUACGGGUCCUGGUACGGUGAAAACUAUACGUCGUAUCAAAACGAAAAUCAUCAAGAAACAAGAUCCCAUCUAUGAAGAUGAGGUUGAAGAGGUUGAAACGCCCCCAACGACUAGGAGACCAAAUAUACGUAGCCGUGGUUCUGUAAGAUUCCAGGAUAGUGAUCUCUCUUCGCUGUUGGCCUUGGAUUUGACCUAUAAACAUGCGAGACAACCCCAGGGAGAGCCCAAAGGUCAAAAGCAACGUAGAAAGAUUAUACGACGACCUGAUAUCAUUACCGAAACCGAGGAGAUUGAAGAAAUUGAAACUGAACUGCCCACCGAGGCUCCGAUCACAACCACAAUUACCGAGGUGCAAGAGACCAGAACUGUCAAUGGUAAGGCCCAGCCAACGAAAUUGACAAGAAUUACAAGUACCUCAAAGGGAGAUAAGGCCAAGGAGGAAGAAGUUGUGGAGGAGGAAGAGGUGAAGACGGUUACAAGACGCAACUUUGCUUUCAAACGUCCAACUUCGACCACAACAACUACAGCCGCUCCAAUUACGUUGGAAGAGGAUAAUCAGGAAUCAACAGGGAAGAGGAAUUUCGCCUUUAAAAGACCAUUUGGAAAUGCGGCCGCAAUUGCCAAACCCUUGAAGGCCACCACAGUCAAUCUGCAAUCUGUGGAGGAGAAUCAAACCACAGUGCAAAAGACUAAAGUUCUGAAUAAAUUCAGUAAGUUUGGUAAAGCUCAGACUACUACCACGACAGAAGAACCCACCACGACAACCACAACUACAGAAGAACCCACGACGACAACAACCACCACCGAAGAACCCACCACGACAACAACCACAACCACUGAAGAACCUACCACCACCACCACGACAACGGCAAGACCUAUUACCACCACGUCAACGACCACGACGACUUCCACCACGGAAACUUCCAGUUCAGAAAAUUCGGAUGAUAUCCUAGAAACCGCUGAUUCAUUGGGUCUGCUGCGCAACCAAUUGGCCUUUGCCGUCAACAAGUUGACUGCCGGAGCUGAGGGUGAAAUUAAACCUCCCUCGGCACCGGAUAGUGGUGACCUGUCUUUGCCCAUUUAUCACCGUCGUAAAUACUAUCAAUACUACAAAGAUUCGCCCAUUACCUAUGUCAGUCCCAUAAGUCCCAAUAUCAAUGUGGCUGCAAAUCCCUCCGCCAGCAAUGUUGAUGUGGCCAAACAAAUUCACGAUGUCUUCAAUAUUAGCAACAAUCAUUUGAAUGGAGCCGAGGCGGAAGAAAAUAACGAAGCCUCGGAACAAGCCAAGGAAAUCAACGAAGGAUUGGGUAAUUUUUUAUUGAAAACCCCCGGGUCAAUUUGCUACCCGGGGGAUGCAGCAUUUGAGGGAAAAUUGGAAAAUUCCUCAACUGUAGAAGAGCUGGCGGAUAUUGGUGGUGAAGGUUUGCUGACGGAAACGGAAAAGAAGGUCAAGAUCACUGUGUUGGCGGCCAAUAAUUUGGAAAAGGACAGUUGGAGAAUAGGUAAAACCUUGAGUGCCAAAGCAGGAGAAGAAGGUGAGGUAACGACGAAGGUUAAACAGAAGGUGGAAGAAACUGAGACAUCUCAAAAUGAGCAAUUGCUGGAAUCCGAAUCAAAAUCAACAGCUGAGGAUCUUGCCACGGCCGAAACUUCCAGGAUUCCCAGAAAUCGUCGCUUACGAACCAAACUCUCGGAGACAACUACCGAUACCCAUGAAGAAGAAACCAUAACUGCUGAAACGAAUUCAGUCUCUGAUGAGGAGCAUAGCACCGUGCGACCCCCUAGGCUACCUAUCAAUCGUCGGCUUAGAACUAGACCCACGGAGAGUAGCUCAACCACCACAGAAUCUCCACACGAAGAGGAAGAUGAGAUCACAACCACUUCCACAAAACCCUCCAUAACUCGGCAUCGUUUUGGGCAAAAAUCUCCGGCCAAAAAUGAAGCGACAACCACAACCCAAAGCCCAACAGCCACAACAGAAACGUCUGAGCUAACCACAGAGCCACCGGCCAAGCAAAUUUUACGGCGUCGCUUCAAUACAAAAAGCUCCGCAAACCACUCUCCAUCAACAACGACAACCACAACAGAAACCCCACUCGUAGAGGAAGAUCUCUCGUCGAGUACACCUGCAACGACCACUGAAACCUCAGAGAUUCCCGGUGACAAACCCAAACGUCGCAUUAUUGUCAAGAAACGUAUAAAAACUGUUGCCGCCCCUAAGAAAUCUGACCAAGAAGCUGCCCCCAGUGAGGUGCAUGAAACCAUUUCCGAAGUUCCGAUAACGGAAAGUACAGAUGCCUCCUCCAGCACUGAGUCGACGAUUUCGACACCCAUUGCUGAGGCUUUGACUGUGGAACAACCAAAUUCCACUGAAGCUCCAUUGGAGGCUGCUACUUCCGCCACCCGGGAUGCAGAAAUCUCCUCAACUGAAAAUACAAAACGGAAGAGAAUCAUUGUCAAGAAACGCCUUCCAAUAUCUACGACAACGAUCGCUCCCGCUGAAACGAACAGUAGCUCAACUGAGGCUGCCGUUGAGGAUACUCCCAGCACCACAGUGGCUCCCGCUGCCACUGAAGAUCUCAAAGAAACACCAAUUGAGGUUGUAUCCACCACUCCCGCUCAACCCCUACGACGAGGUCAUCGUUUCGGAAAAGUUAAUCCAACACAGACGACAACAGAAUCUGCACUCUCAACGAACUCCGAAGAAAACGAUAAGGAAACCACAACUACACAGAGAUCCCGCCCUGGCGUGAAUCGUUUACGGCGCCCAACCAAAAGAAUUCCGGCUGCAAGUGAAAAAUCCGAAAUCGUCCUGCAAGAUGAAGAUAUUGACAAGUCGGUGAGAUCAACCACCAAGCGAUCUUUUGUACAGCGUGGCAAAAAAUCGGAAGUCGAAGAGACCGUACCGCGCAGUAGCCUUCGUCCAGCCAAACGUUCACGACGUUUAUUGGUAAAUGGCCAGGCUAGGCCGAUUUUCAAUGACCUCUUGCAAGGAACGACAGAAAAAAGUCGUAAGCGUGUGGAAGCUGAUGAAGAGGAAGAUGACUACGAUGAGGAAGACGACGAGGAAGAGGAGGAAGAUGAUGAUGACGACGAAGAAGAAGUGGUAACCAAACCUACCACCAGAAAACCUCUGGUUGGCAUUAGGCCCAUUGUUUCCCGACCAACAUUUGGAGGAUUGAAUCGCUUGCGCGGUUCCAGUUUCACAACUGAGACAGCCCUCGAAGAGGAAGAUGAGGUCACCGAAGAAGCAACAACAAAACGUACACUACCGACAAGACGUCCCUCAUUCGGAGGACUGAAUCGUUUGCGCGGUUCCAGUUCCACAACUAAGACAGCCUUCGAAGAGGAAGAUGAGUUCACCGAGGAAGCCACAACAAAACGUACACUACCGACAAGACGGCCAGCUUAUGGAGCAUUGAAUCGUUUGCGCGGUUCCAGUUCCACAACUGAGGCGGCUCCCGAAGCUGAGGAGGAAGAUGAGGUCACCGAAGAAGAAUCCACAACAAAACGUACACUACCCACGAGGCGGCCAUUUGGUGGUCUGAGUAGGACUUCAAGUCAAUCUCUGAAUUCCGCACAACGGCCAGCAUUGCGCCCGAAUGGUUUCAGAAGUUCCACAACCGAGGAACCAGCUGCCGUUGAAGACGAAGAAACCACCCGACGCUCUUUUCCCUCCAGGAAACCCUAUGGGGCAAUUUCGCGCGUAACCACAACCACCACUGAAGCUGCUGAGAUUGCAGAGGAAACGGAGGAGUCAACCUCUACGACCACAACUGAGGCAACAACAACAACAACUGAGAAAUCUCCUGAACCUUCCAUUGAAGAGUUCUCGGAAGAAACAACAGAAACGGCGUCGACAUCAACAUCUCCCAUUGAAUCCUCCGAAGCUUCGAUUGAGGUCAUGUCAGGAGAGUUGGGAAAUGAUGAGGAACAAACUACCAUCUCUUCGGAGAAUUCGGCAGCCGAAGAAACUUCCAGUGAAACUCCCGACAAAGAAGAAAUUUCCGCCAGUUCCACGGAGGCAGCUAGCUCUGUCACAACAGAAUCUUCCAUGGCAACAAUGGAAAUGCCUCAGGAUGAAACAACCAUGGAGAGCGUUAAAGCUGAGGAAAAAGAAACAACAUUACCCAGUGUGGAGCUAACGGAAACAACGGAGCAAAGUACCUUGGCCACACCACGGCGUAGGGUGAUUGUUAAAAAGAUUAUCAGGAAAACUUCGACGGCAUCUCCCGUGGAGAAUAAAGAGGAAUCGACGGAAACGUCUACUCAGAUCACACGCCUCAAGUUGGUAACCUCGGAAAACGUUACGAAGACGGCGAACUCUGAGGACACAACACGCCGUGCCCUUGGUGCUGCUUAUCGCUCACGAACCACGGAAUCUAGCGAUCUCUCCACAACAACAGAUUCUACCACUCCAAACUCUGAUGUAACAUCGGGUAAUGAGUCCACAUCCCGACGUUCCUUUGUGGCUGGUUUCCGCUCAAGAGCUACUCAAGCCUCAGAGAAAUCGAACUCCAACACCCAGCUUGAAAACGAAACCACAACACGCCGUUCUUUUGGUAGCGGUUUUCGUUCACGGACCACUGAAUCAUCCCAGGACGCCGCUGCUGACGAAGAAGAGGUAAAAGAAAUCACCACAAAACUUACGCCCCUUGCCAAGCGACCUUUAUUCGCUGCCAAUCGUUCGAGAUUUACAACUAAGGCUCCGGCUGACCAACAACCCGAAGAAUCCAUAGAAGUGGCAACACGUCGUACAUUUGGCGCUCAAUCAAAUCGAGCCACCUUUAGCCGUAAUCUCUUGCGGCAAAGUGAUAAAACCAAUGAGGACCAAGAGGUUGAGAGUGUGACACGCCGAACUUUUGGACAGCGUCAACAAAGACUUAAUUCCAAGACCACCCAGCUUGAGCCUGUGCCAGCCACCCGGGCCACAUUGAAGCCUUUUAAUAAUCAACGGCCACAAUUUGUGAGACCUCGGCCAUUUGGAAAUCGCCAAUUGCAGCCACAAAGAGAGCAGAAUAAUGAUGAUGAGGAUGAUCUCGAUGAAGAUGAGGAGGAUGACGAAAGUGAGGAAUCUGAUUCCAAUGAAGAAAAUGAGGAUGAGGAUCUCGCCCCCAACAGACUUGCCAUAAAACCGAAUUUACAAAAUCGUUUACGUCUCACCACCACCACCACCAACCAAGACAGACGGACUCAGGACUCGGCUACGUCACAAGACUCAGGGCCCCCCACCAAUACUAGACUUAAGACCUUAUUAACGAAUAGAAAUCAUGUUCCCCCAACGAAGCCCAUAUCUACACUACCCACCAACACCAACACCCCAGAACACAACUCAGACUUACAAUCUGAGACGGCAGCUAGCCCAGAACACACUCACACUGCUACUAACCCCCAAACUGUAGAGUCAAGUAGUAGUAGUAGUCGUAGUAGUAGUAGUAGUCGUAGCUCUAAUUCUAACAGCACCGUAGCCAAUUAUUUGAAUAGAAUUCAAAUCAAAACUAACCCUGCACUUAAAUUUAAGGCAUCUAGUCAAGAUGGAAAUGAUGAUAAACCUGAAGAGAAUAUUAACCAAAAUGAUGAUAAGAGUAACGAAGAUGAUUAUGAUCAGGAUGAAGAUGAUGAUCAGGUUGCAGGUCAAGGACCUCUAGAAAAUGAUAAAUCAUUUAGUUCUAAGUCAAAGUUUAAGUAUAAUAACAACAAUAAUGAAAAUAAGGGAGCUAAUCUUGAUGAUGAUUCUAAACGACGUUUUCAGAAAUAUCAGUUCCCAGCUAGAACCACAACAACAACAACAACAACACCAAGUACAACGACAGCAACCAGCACAACUUCGACCACAACUAGGAAACCAUUUGGAGUAUUUAAACGCAAAGAAGUCGUGAAGAAAGACGAAGAUGCUGACAACGAUGAUGACGAGGAGGAUGAAGAUGAAGAUCUCGGCGACGAAGAAGAAGAUGUUCUCAAAGCAAACUCUCAGGUAAAUGAGAAGAGGGCAACCACCAUCAGCACAAAACUUACAGAAACUCAAGCACCCCAACAAGCCGACACCACCACUAGUACUACCACAACUACAACAACAGUACGAACUCCAGGUUCUAGUCCAAGACGCAUCAAAGUCUUGAAAUUCAAACGUCCAUUAUUUACAAAUUCCAAUUCUAAAACCGAUCUAUCAAGUAGUGCUACUAAUUCUACCAACACUGUAUCGGCGGAAGCCUUAGAUAGUCUCAGUAGUGUUAGUGAAAUAGUCGAACACACAAUUGAAGCUCUUACACUAACCGAAACACAAACUGACCCCAGUAGUCGUAGUAGUAGUACUACCCCGGCGAACCCAGUGAGCACGGAAGCAACGCCCACACAGGUCACGCCGAACGUCAAGCGCAUACGCAAGGUUGUGCGCAAGCUUGUGAGGCCCAUAAAUCGUAGCACUGAGGAACCGGAAGUAAGUACCACAGAGGCCACUACUGAGUCUACCACAACGACUAGCACCAGUACAACCACAACAACAACGACGACGACGACGACCGAAAAACCCAUUGUCCCCAGUACCUUAUUAAGUUUGUCCGCCAAGCGGCCCGGUUCCACACGCAUUGGUUUCAAUCGUAGUACCAAAUUUUCCGAUAACAAUGUCAGGGCAAAUAGUGUAGAGGAUGAUGAUGAGGAGGAUGAAGAAGACGAUGAAGAGGGAGAUGAGGAUGAAGAAGAGGAUGAGGAGUUGAGUUUAGAACAGGAAAAUGAGGAUUCUAGGGAAGUACAACCGGUUGUGGUAAAAACCACGGCACGUCCACGUAGUAGAUUUAGUUUACCCUCAGGUUUUAGCAGUGCCCGAAGCACAACGGUGGCUCCCAGUACAACGGGUAGACCUAAGGCACCCUCGUUUAGUUCCACCUAUCGCAAUCGUUAUGGCAGCAAGGCAUUGUCCACACCCAAAACUUUGGGAGCUAGGGUGCCACCUUCACGUUUCAGUUUACCGGUGACAACAACCACCACCACCACGACGACGACAACGACCACGGAAGCUCCACGGGGAAAUCAAAAUGAAGAAGACAACGAAAGUGGUGAAGAUGAUGAGGAUGAGGACGAAGAAGAGGAGAGUGGUGAGGAUGAGGAAGAUGAGACCACGGUGGCAACACAAAUUGAAACCACCAGCGCCGCGCCGUCUGCAGGUGAGACUAGCAUUACAACGCCAUCUACAGAUGAAAGUAGCACAGCUAGCAGCACGACAACCAUAACCACCACCACCAAUGCUCCUGAACCUCUAACCACCACACCAGCCACAAAUGACGAAGUCCUGAUCCUGACCACCACCAUGAAACCCCAAGAAAUGAGUACCGAAAUGCCUUCCGAAUCCACCGGAACCACAAUAAUACCCGAAGAAAAACUGGAAAUUACCACCCUGGCCCCAGCAACGGAUAGUGAAUCGUCGACAGAAACCAAAGAAUCCCUUGCCGCUAAGGAAGCCAAAAAGGCAUUGGAUCUACAAAAACUUCGAGACAAGGUACACAAUGACCUAAUCAAGGAGGAUGGCAAAGAGGGUGUGCUCAGCGAAAAGCUAUUCAAAAAUGGUAAGAAUGAACACCUCACCGAAGCGGAGAAAGAAGAUGCCCUUUUGAAAUUGCGCAAUCGCAUCCAGGAAGAAUUGGCCAAGGCCAAGGAGCGAGAAGAACAUGAAGGUGUUCUCAGCAAAAAGCUAUUGAAUGGCAGUAAUGAAACUGAAAAGGAUGACCCUCUGCUGAAAUUGCGCAACAAAGUCAAAGAGGAAUUGGCCAAGGGUAAUCAGGAAGAAGGUGUGCUCAGCGAUCGCCUGAGACAUCACCACACCACCGAGGAGGUGAUAAUACAAACCGAUAAUCCAUUGCUGAAAUUACGCAACAAGGUCCAACAAGAAUUGGCCAAGGGUAAUCAGGAUGAUGGUGUGGUCAAUGAUAAGUUGAAGAAACUUUUGGAACACAAGACCACCCAUGAGGAAGCGAGCGGUUUUGAUGGUUCCGGUUCGGGUGAUAGCAAUGAAUUGCAGAAGAUACGCAACAAGGUUAAGGAACAGCUGGCCAAGGGUGAUCAAGAGGAGGGUGUAGUCAAUGCCAGAUUGAAGAAGCUACUCGAUCAAAAGAAUUCCAAUACCAAUACAAACAGUUUGGAGGAAGAUGGACAGCAUCAUGAAGAAGGUUCAGGUUCGGGAGAUGACGAUGAUCUGGCCAGGAAGUCCCAUCAAGAAGAUUUGAGUAGUGGUGUGACCACACGUAAGCCAUUUGUGCCCAGGACCAAGCUAAUACCCACCGACAACACUGAGAUACCCGAAACGGAGUCCACAACGACCACCACUACUACACCGGCGCCCAAUGGCAGACCCACCUUCAAGCGUAAGUUAAUUGUCAAGCGUCCAUUUAAUCCCACAAAACCUCCACUGUCACGCCUUAAGACCACACCCACUAGCAUUGUUGGAGGUUCAUCGGCUGCGGCCAAGGGUAAGAAGAAAUAUGUGAGACGUAAAUUCGGCCGGUUCCAUCCUUUCAACAGGAGCAACAUAAAUACCGGUGAAGGUUUUGUGCGCAAGGAUCCCAGAGGUAAUAUUUUGCCGGGUACCGAUCGUUUCAAGGUGCAAAAUAAUGGUGAAGACUACGAGGAAUAUGAAGAUGAGGAAGAGGAACAACAGGAGGUAAAUCCGGUGAAACCGAAAUUCACAGUAACUCCAAGGCCCACAAAUGUGCCCAGGACAGUGGUGACCCGACCUCCGCUCUUCAAUAGGCCAAAUAUUUUGGGUAAACCCAAGAUUGGUGCGGCCAAUACCCCAGCUCCCGGAGGAGAGAAUGAAGCCGAAGAGGAAGAAGAUGAUGAGGAAGAUGAAGACGAGGAUGAUGAAGAAGAUGAGGAUGAAGAUGAAGACGAGGAAGAGGACGAAGAAUCGGAGGGAGAAAACAAAGAGGAACACAAGAAUAGACCUAAUGUACCCACCAAGGUUGUGAAUAUACCCGGUAAGGGUAAUGUUCCCAAGUCACCACUCAAACCCAAGGAUAAUCGUGUAUUGCCCGGCUCUAGACCUGCCCUGCCCUCGACGGGUGGCAAACAAUCCAACAAUCCUUCACGGGUGGUCAACAUACCCAAUCGUCCCGGCUCUGGUCGCCCUGGCCAACAACCCACCACCCCAACCUCAAACCGUUUCGGCAUCAGUCGUGCCACCAACAAACCGCGCGUUGUUAACCGUCCACCGGGUGUAGUGCCGCCAAGUCUAACCAUUAAACCAGUGGCCACAAACUUUGAAGCAACCACACCACUAAUACCUACUAAACCAGCUCCGUUCAUACCAAUUAACACGCCCGCCUAUGAGCGCAAAUACACUGGGCCUUCCACCACGGAAGCCACCUCCACAGAUAUUGACACCUCUCUGAUCGAAGAUCUUGAUAUUGAGGCUCUGAAUGCCCGCAAUAAGAAGAUCUUCGAUAUCAACAGCAAGAAACACACCACAAACAAACCCAAAAUUGUCAUACCAUUCUAUAAUCCCGAAACACAGGAAGACAACAGUGGGGAACAGAAGCCGGAGGUGGAUGAGGUGCUGCAACAAAAGGUAUUGAUCCAAGAGCAAAAUGCCGAGUACACCACAACGGCACCAGCCACAGACGAUGACGGGGAAGGUGAUCAAGAUACUAACACUACCUAUGACAUGGCUAUGGACUAUGAGACCACAACGCCACUAACCCCAACAGCUGAGGAUCAAAUGCCUUUGGGUGAUGUACCACCGGCGGCUUCCCAGCCAGAAAGUGGAGAACAAGACAGCAUUGAAACCACAACUCUUGAGACACCCACAGAAUCCAUACAAUUUACACAACCCGAAACAAUGGAUGAUACCAUGUCCUCCAGCACCACAACACCAUUACCACCACCACAACAACCCAGUACACCGGAAGCUAGCACUUCCACCAUUUCACCAAUUAAUGGUUUUGCCACCACUACACCCGCCACGACAUCUGUGGACGACACUCUUCUCCAUGGCACCUCUGUUUCUAACACCAACAACAUUGAUCAAGCACAAGUAAAUGUUAAUGCGAUUUCUUCAUCACAGGAUUCCCAGGAAUUGGCGCCCAAAUCGGGUGGCAUUACCACCACCCAACCGCCCAGCACCACAUUGCUGCAUGUCUUCACUUUGUCGGAUGAUGAAAAUGCCACCAUGAAUCCCAUAACAGAAGUGGCACCACAAUACGAACCGGAAUCGGUACAGGAAAUAGCAUUGCCACCCCAAAAGGUGGCUGAGGUUAAUCGUGUGGUUGAGAUCAUCACCAAGGAAGAGAAGCGGGUCAGAGAUCCAAUUACCCAUGAAUUGGUGCCUGUACCCGGUUCGGCUGUCUAUCGUGUUGAGUCAUUGCCCAAGGUUGAGAAAAUCGGUGAGGUGAAUUUGGUGAAAUAUAUUCACCUGGUACGUGGUGGUGAUAUUAAGAUUGAAGGUCGUAGCUCGGUAACGGAUUACACACCCAUUGAGUUGACCAGCCACAGAGUAUCGCAACCGGUACGUAAUUCCCUGCCUGAGGGUAUUAGUGAAAGCGAUCGUUAUGGUAAGUCUGCGGUACCAGAGGUGCUAAGGGAAAUUGAAACCUCCACCAUACCACUGGAGGGACUUUUCGAUGCCAACAUACGUAAGGGUAAACUUAUAGAUGGCAUGGAGGAGAGUACCGUUUCGCCGCUAGAGGGCGUCACUGAACCCUAUGUAAGGCAAGAAAGCUCGACUCAAGCAACGCCUAGUGUAUUGACCACCACCACCACCACAACCACCACGCCAAUUCCACCUCAAACAUUUACAGAGGGCUACAAGACAUUCAGUUCUUAUCUGGAGGAGCAGGCCAAGGCUUCGAGCGGUAAAACCGAACAGGAAGCUCACACCGAGGACAUGACCAACACACAACCUCAGUCGGAUAUAAUUGUGGUCAAGACACCAGAAUCGAUUGAGACCACAAGCACCUCUACCACCACUACGACCUCUACGGAAGCAACAAUUGAAACUGAAUCUACUACGGAAGCGGCGACAACAACCACCUCAAAAGCCACACCGGUACCCGGUGUCUUGUUCCCAUCAUAUGUAAGACCCAUAGUACCCCUAUUACGUCCCGAAUCCAAUGAAUCCUCUCCCCUUGUUAUAUCCAUAGCUAAUUUAGAUAAGGUUAUUUUGAGUAAGGUUACAAAAACAGAAGAAGAAGAACAACAGCAACAACAACAACAAGAACAACAACAGUCACAAGAAAUCUCCGAAGCAGAAAUAAAUCAGGAACCAACCCCCACUACCACAACAACAACGACAAGCACAGAAUCCCCCACAACAACAACGUCCACCAGCACUACUACCACCACAACAACAACAACAACCACCACCACAACCCCCCAUCCCCCAACAUUACCCUCUCCUCCCUCCCCUGAACGUUUGGCCAAAUUCAUUGAGGCCAAUGGCGGCCCAUCCACAGAUCGUCUAUCCUCCAUUGCCCUGUUAGAUGCCGUUAUUUUGGGUCGUAAACUGGAAGAGGUGUCGUUGCAACAAACCAAUCAAAAUGUCAUUGUACCACAAAUUAUUACAGCCAAGACCACAACUUCCGACCCCAUUAGUAAUGCCAUUUUCACACAUAGCAACUCUGGGGUAGAGACACAAACCGAACAGUCGCGUAACUAUCCGGAAAUAAUAACGGCAAAGACCACGAUUUUGGAGACAAAUACAAAACCGGUGCCACCAUUCUACUACAGUCAAUAUGAAAGCUCUCAGGAACCCUCGGCCUUAGUUGCGGAUCAAUCCGAUUCUGAUGGAGCUUUUUCGGGCCAUUCGGUGGCAAUUGUAAAAGCCCAAUCGGUGAGGCAAGAGGAAGAAAAAGCUUCACCGGAAGUUGUCCACUACUACAAGCAAUCGUACAGAGAGGGUAGGGCCCAGGAUGAGAGUUCCACAUCGCGCACCAGUAACAAUGACAAAUUUAUACGUUAUUCCAUACCUCCGUUGUAUUUCGAUUUAUUAGGUACCGGUACCGUGCCAGAACCACCAAACUGGGAUUUGGUAACAAAACGUAAUGCCCAUAAAUUGGAGGGGGAAGGUCAAACCGAAGUACCUGCAAAGGGUAAUGGGGCCAAACCUCCAUUUUAUUACAGUCCCCCGGUCAGUGCAAGUGAUUCCGAUAAUAUAGGAGCUUUUAGCCAAGCCAUAGCCUCCGCUGUGCCAGCUCCUUUGAUUGGGGCGAGAAAGGGCAAAGCUUUUGAUUUAUUGGCCAAUGCCAAAGAGCAACGGCAAGUAGAGCUUUUCUCCAUAGAUCAAGGCAGCAGUGUUGGUAGAACAAUGAGUAGUACUGGACUACCAAAUAUGAUCGUAACGUCCAGUAGUGAGGUACAUGCCGUCCAAGAACUUUGGCAUGAUCCCAAUGAAAAAACCAUAAGUUGAAGUAAAUCAAUGCGUUGAAGAAGCAAAAAAAAAAUAAUAUUUAAAAUAAAUUUAGGGUUUUAGGUUAGACGUAAAAAAGCUCUGUAAAAAAUAUCCAAAAGUUUUUUUGUUUUUCUCUUAAUUUUUUAUUUUUGUUUUGUUCUCUUAAAGAAAAUAGUUAA